AUGGCUCUGCCACCCCACAGCGUGGUUUUUUUCAAUGUAUUACACAUUGGGAAGUCAGUGUUGGCUAUUGGAACUUCGGAUCGUGUUUCUUCUCAGCCUUCAAUUCAGUUUCAAGGAUCCCAAGGGCUUAUUAAAAUUCCCAAAGUUGAUCAGCCAAAUGAAGUGAAUACAUUUAACUUCUUAGUGUCAAAUAUUGGCAAAGAUAAUCCUCAGGGAAGCUUUGACCUGUUCCAGCAAAAGGACUCAGGUUCUGGAGUCUCGCAACUCAGUUGCCUUGGAAUUGUACAGAAUAAAAUUACAGUAUGUGCAACAAAUGAUUCGCAUCUGAAGACCAGAGAGCGCAUGGCCCAGGCAGAAGAGGAGGCGCGCAGUCGAAGUGCAAAGUUUAUUAAACCUGGUGGACCAUUUUUAGGAAGAAGACUACCAGUUAAAAGAGGACCAGAAGGCAUUCCAGAUGUUGUGCCUGUCAGGAAGAGAUCAACUCCCAUGAACCCUGCAAAUACAAUACGGAAGACUCACACACUAACCGCUGUUUCUCAGCGACCGUACAGGGACAGGGUGAUUCACUUACUGGCACUGAAGAAUUACAAGAAACCUGAGUUAGUUGCUCGCUUGCAGAAAGAUGGUGUCAACCAAAAGGACAAGAACUCCCUUGGAAUUAUCCUGCAGCAGGUAGCCAACCUGAACCCAAAGGAUAAUUCUUUCUCUCUGAAGGAUUAUUUAUUUAAAGAAAUUCAGAAAGAUUGGCCUGGAUACAGUGAAAUAGAUAAACAGUCAUUGGAGUUAAUACUUUCUAGAAAAUUAAAGUCAUCUGAGAAUGCCACCAGCACCAGCUGUUCAGAAUCUCCUGUAACUUCUAGCACAUGUGCUCCAUCAACUUCUCAG